AUGCCUCCAACUCCCUCAAAUGUCAUGACUGUAAAGCGCAUCCACAGGGAAGUCGCAGAUGCCAAGAAGGAGGACCUAGGCCCCAUCACCCUCGCACCCUCCGCCGAUAACCUCUUUCGCUGGGCAGGUACCAUACCUGGACCCCAAGGGAGCCCGUAUGAAGGCGGCGUGUUUAAUAUCAAUAUUCAGCUAGCGAAUGACUAUCCUUUUUCAGCGCCAAAGGUCACCUUUGUAACCCGGAUAUACCACAUGAAUAUAUCGGACAAGGGCAACAUAUGCAUUGAUAUUCUCAAACAGAACUGGUCACCUGCGUUGUCGCUUUUCAAGGUCAUGCUCUCCCUUUCAUCCCUCCUUACCGACCCUAAUCCGCAAGAUCCUCUCGUUCCCUCAAUUGCAACCGAAUAUGUCCGGAAUCGCGUGCAGCACGACCGCACGGCCCGGAGGUGGACAGAGCUAUAUGCCCGAUCACCUGUAUCUGUGCCUGCGCUGUCACCUAUUGCAUCCACGUCUAUGUUCUCUGCCAUUGUCCCCGCACCCACAUCUACAUCCAUGCCCACGCCCACGACUUCUACAGCUCAAGCUUCCGGAUUACGUAAAGGGAAAUCUCGAACCCCAACCAAUCAACCCGCGCGUGGCUCGGGCUCGUCGAAUGUUCUCCCCGAGACGAUUGAUAUUUCUGACUCCGAUGACGAGUUGUCGCGACCACUGCCUACGCGCAAACGUCCACGCGGCAUUCCCGAUGAAGUGGACAUCGAUCUUGUGGAGGCAGAGCAGCGCGCAACCAGACGCCGACGCGCAGAUGGCAGUGGGAGUGUGGUUCCGAGUAUCUCUAGAGCCUCUAGAGGAAGUGGAAAUAUUGUGGGAGCUGCGGAAGUCAUUAUCAUUGAUGAUUAG